CUGCCCCUCCCCCUUCCCGGAGCCCCGAGGGGCCGGAGUUCCUGGCGGUACCAGAUCCAGAUGGCGGCUUUCCCCCCGGGUCUGUCUGCCAAAAUGUCUGAAAGAUCAGAUCUCCUUCACUUCAAGUUUGAAAAUUAUGGAGAUUCAAUGUUACAAAAAAUGAACAAAUUAAGAGAAGAGAAUAAAUUUUGUGAUGUUACUGUUCUCAUAGAUGAUGUUGAGGUACAAGGGCAUAAAAUUGUUUUUGCUGCAGGUUCCCCCUUCUUAAGAGACCAGUUUUUACUGAAUGAUUCCCGAGAGGUGAAAAUCUCCAUAUUACAGAGUUCUGAAGUGGGGAGACAAUUGCUCUUAUCCUGUUAUAGUGGUGUGCUGGAAUUCCCUGAGAUGGAACUGGUAAAUUACUUGACUGCUGCGAGUUUUCUUCAGAUGAGCCACAUUGUAGAACGAUGCACACAGGCGCUGUGGAAGUUUAUAAAGCCAAAACAACCAAUGGAUAGUAAAGAGGGAUGUGAACCACAGAGUGCUUCUCCCCAGUCGAAAGAACAGCAGGGAGAUGCCAGAGGCUCUCCAAAGCAGGACUUACCUUGUAUUCAUCCAUCUGAAGACAGUAUGGAUAUGGAGGACAGUGAUAUUCAGAUUGUUAAGGUAGAAUCUAUUGGGGAUGUUUCAGAGGUUAGAAGUAAAAAAGAUCAGAACCAGUACAUUUCUUCUGAACCCACUGCUUUGCAUUCAUCAGAGCCCCAGCACUCCCUGAUAAACUCAACUGUGGAAAACAGAGUAAGUGAACUAGACCAGAGCCAUCUCCACAAUUAUGCCCUCUCUUACACAGGCAAUGAUGACAUCAUCAUGACCUCAAAAGAUGUCUUUGGGCCUAAUAUUCGAGGUGUAGACAAAGGCUUACAGUGGCAUCACCAAUGCCCAAAGUGUACCAGGGUGUUCCGUCACCUGGAGAACUACGCCAACCAUUUAAAAAUGCACAAACUCUUUAUGUGUCUUCUCUGCGGCAAGACUUUCACUCAGAAAGGCAAUCUUCAUCGACACAUGCGUGUACAUGCCGGAAUUAAACCUUUCCAGUGUAAAAUCUGUGGGAAAACCUUUUCUCAGAAGUGUUCCUUACAGGACCAUCUUAACCUUCACAGUGGAGAUAAGCCCCAUAAAUGUAACUAUUGUGACAUGGUUUUUGCACAUAAGCCAGUUUUGAGGAAACACCUUAAACAGCUGCAUGGCAAAAACAGCUUUGAUAAUGCCAAUGAGAGGAAUGUGCAAGACCUCACAGUGGAUUUUGAUUCUUUUGCAUGUACAACAGUCACAGACUCUAAAGGUUGUCAACCACAACCUGAUGCAACACAGGUCCUGGAUGCAGGUAAACUGACCCAAGCUGUGCUCAGCUUAAGGACUGAGAGUUCAUGUGUAAACUGAGGAAUGACCUAGUGUGUAUAGCUAGAAUUGACUGAAUGUGUGGCAAUAGUGCUGAGUCUUUUUAGGAGUGGUUUUGAUAGUUUCUUCUCCAAAACCUCUAAGCAAGUGGUUGUGGAUGAGCACCAGCAGACCAGACAACUACCACUUGCAGUGGCUUUGCUUUCCUUUAGGCUUCUCCUGGCUCUUUUUGAGUUAUUUAUCCUGUGAUGUCUGUUUUCCUUUCCUAAGGAAUAAUUCCAUUUGUCUACCUAGUGUCAAUACAUGUCUCAGACUGACACUAUUUUAAUCUUUUUACCAAGCACAUUUUGGAGGUACUAACAAGUAAUAUCACCUACUUCCCACUAAUAGAUGCUGUGUUUAGAAAAAGUUCCUAUUUUUCUUUGUGGGGAAAAAUGAGAUUGGGAUAUGAAGUGAUACUGCUGUUGACCUAAAUAUGUGAUACAGCGUCUGUUUGUCUACUGUGAUUCAUCUAAGACUGAUGAUCAUUGAGUCUGCUUCCUACCAUUUGUACUUUUUUUAGAGCUGCUAUGAAGAAGUAUGUUGGUUUGUACUUUAAACACUAACACAGCCCAUUGAAUUGUUCUUAUAACCCAGAAUACAACCCUUUCAGCAACAUCUGCAGGCAAAUAGGGACUACUAUGGGGAGGGUAACCAGCAAAUAAUAGAAGUAUAAUAAAACAACAGUGUCCACAUGGAAGGUUUUCUAAAGAUGUCCCAAGAGGCCAGCUGCUUACCUAUGUACCCUGUUGAAGUGCUUUGGGCAUAUUUAAGUGAGCUAAACAAUAAUGAAUGGCCUCUAUAGGAAUGAACUAUACUGGAUUCUGAACUUCGUAUCAGAGUCUAUUGCAUAAGAAAGGUGAGUUUGGCCAUCACUUUUGUGCAGUUUAUAGUGUCUCCUGGUUUUUCUUUUCUCAUGUACCUUCAUCUUGAAUACAUGAAAGAAAAAUUAAGUGGGAUCCAGAAGAACAACCAGAAGUUUUCCAUUUAGAUAGUUUUAGAGGUACACAAUUCACUGUUCACUUGGCCACCUUCCACAGUUGAUCUUGAAGGAUGGAAAAAAAA